CCCAAAAGUUUCAUCCAGUUAGUAACGAAAAUAGCAAACGUGACUGUCCAAUGAGGAUCGUCUUGCCCAAGAUUAAGCUCACACACGAACAUAAACCGGUGAUACAAUCAUUGAGCAGUUACGUUUGGACUUCGAAAUAGUGGUAGCCGCCCUGUUGAGUUCUGCACCUCUUCAGCGGCAUCAUUCAAGAUCAUGAAGGCCGUAACCCAAAGCCAGGCACGUCGGCUUCUACACAACAAGUUUGUUGUUGUUCUCGGAGACUCCAUCCAACGGUCUGUGUACAAGGACCUUGUGUUACUUCUGCAGAGGGAUAAAUACCUGAGUACGUCUCAGCUGAAGACCAAGGGGGAGAUGAACUUUGAGCAGGACUACUUGGUGGAAGGAGGUCAAUUGGGUCCCAUGAACAAUGGGACUGGGUACAGAGAGGUCCGCCAGUUCCGCACGGACCACCACUUGGUCCGCUUCUAUUUCUUGACCCGCAUCUACUCGCGCUACAUGGAGAGCAUCUUGGCAGAUUUGGAGAAUGGCCUGAAGCCUGAUGUGGUGGUCAUGAACUCCUGUGUGUGGGACCUGUCCAGGUAUGGUCUGAAGUGGGUGACUGAAUACAGGGAGAACCUCCACAAGCUCUUCCAGCAAAUGAAGAAGAUCCUCCCACCGGAAUGCCUGAUCAUGUGGAACAUGACCAUGCCAUUGGGCAGCAAGAUCAUCGGGGGUUUCCUGGUACCAGAGAUCGAGCACAUGGCCCCCACGCUGCGCUACGACGUCAUCGAGGCCAACUUCUACAGCGCCACCCUGGCCGAUGCGUACGGGCUGGACGUGCUGGACCUGCACUUCCACUUCCGCUUCCGCCUGGACCACCGCACGCGGGACGGCGUGCACUGGAACGCAGCCGCCCACAGACGCAUCACCGGCCUGCUCCUGCAGCACGCCGCCCAGGCCUGGGGCGUGGAGCUGCCCCCCUCCUCCGCCGCUGCGGGGCUGGAGUUCAGCCUCUCGUCUCCUGCUCCCACUCCGGCUCCUUUGAAAUCCAAGCGGAAGCAGGCCCAAAAGACACAACAGCCAUUUCCCCAUGAGUACAACAACAAUUACAACCUGCCCCCAGCCAUGGACCCCUAUCGCUAUGGUGGGCCCUGUGGUAGCCGUGGUUAUGUCGACCCCUACAUGGAACCCCCUUUUCCUUCCAACCAGCAGUAUCCAGUGCUUCCUUGGCCACAAGGACCCACCAUAGACUACUGGGCCCGAGGGCUGCCCCCCAACUUCUUCUGCAGCGACAGCCCCUUCAGCCAAAUGUCCACCAACACGCCUUACGCCAUGGGCUACAUGAGCUUCAACGACCACAGUAGCAGGUUUGGCCCCACUGGUUGGAACCCCGGCGACGGACCCUACCACUCCGCCCCCAUGGGGGUGCAGAAUCACUACGUGAUGAAGAAGAAAUCCUCCAAAAAGAUGAUGAAACCAUACUCGCGUCAGAAUCAACAUCAUCUGUGCAGGUACUGAAUUCACGCCAUUUCCCAGCUAAAGUUAUUAACAAAUUUACAAGCCCCUCUUCAAUUACAUCACACCGCCGCUGUCGGAGUGGCCGAAUUCACGACGCUGCCUACCAUCCUUGCCCCGGAUUUCGGGCACUGAAUACAAUGUGCUGUGCUGCCAGUUGACCAUAACACUUUUGAUUUAGUUUCCUUUGUUUUCUUCUGUGCUCUCUUUCGACUUCUCACUCAGCAUUGUCAACGGGCAGAUGUUCUCAGUUAUGUUCAGUAUUAAUAUAUGCAGCCUGUCUGAGACGAACAGCAUCUCCAGAAUUUUCAUAACGUCGACCACUGAUUACACUCCCAAGUCUUUCAGUCUACCUAAUCGACAGUAUUGGCCGCUGAAUACAGAGCCCAGAGUUUUGUUUGUUUGCUUGAAGUUAUUGUUUUCUUAUUGUAGGUGUUCUGUAUUGCUAUGCGUUAUUCUGUUGUUUUGUAGGAAAUGUUUUUAUAUUUUUGUGUGUGGUUAUGUGCAUGCAUUGUUGGGCCUUCUCUGUCACAGUGCUUUCAUUUUGAUAUCAAAUUAUGCACUUUUUGAUUUUCUUGAUAUGCUCUGAGUAAAAUGUAUUAAUUGUAAUUGCAACAA